AAUGCAGCCGCCCGCCUCUGUCACUGGAAGACAGUCCACUUAAAUGCAGCUCCAGAGUUGCGAGGCACCCACCAGCAUCACUCUCUGUGCGAGGUGGCAAAUACAACAUGCUCUCCAGCUUGGGGUGUCUACUUCUCUGUGGAAGUAUUACACUUGCCCUGGGAAAUGCACAGAAAUUGCCAAAAGGUAAAAAGACAAGCCUGAAAGUCCAUAUCAAUACCACCAGUGACUCCAUCCUCCUGAAGUUCCUGCAACCAAAUCCAAAUGUAAAGCUUGAAGGUUUUCUCCUGGGCUAUGGCAGCAACACAUCUCCUAACCAGUACUUCCCUCUUCCCACAGAAGGAAAAUACACUGAAGCUGUUGUUGAUGCAGAGCCAAAGUAUCUGAUAGUUGUACGACCUGUUCCCCCUCCAAGUCAAAAGAAGUCAUGUUCAGGUAAAGCUCGUCCUCGUAAACCUCUCCAGCUAGUGGUUGGUACUCUGACACCAAGCUCAGUCUUCCUGUCCUGGGGUUUCCUCAUCAAUCCACACCAUGACUGGACAUUGCAGAGUCACUGUCCCAAUGACAGAUUUUACACAAUUCGCUAUAGAGAAAAGGAUAAAGAAAAGAAAUGGAUUUUUCAACUCUGUCCAGCCACUGAAACAAUUGUAGAAAAUCUAAAGCCCAACACAGUUUAUGAAUUUGGAGUGAAAGACAAUGUAGAAGGUGGAAUUUGGAGUAAGAUUUUCAAUCACAAGACUAUUAUUGGAAGUAAAAACAAAGUAAAUGGGAAAAUCCAAAGUACGUAUGACCAAGUCCACACAGUGCCAGCAUAUGCCCCAAGGAAGCUAAUCCCAAUAACAAUCAUCAAGCAAGUGAUUCAGAAUGUUACUCACAGAGCUUCGAUUAAAUCCCCAGAUAAGAUUCCCUUUGGAGGAACAAUACUAGUGCACCUCAUUAUUCCAGGUCUUAAUGAAACCACUGUAAAACUUCCUUCAUCCAUAAUGGUUGAGAUUUCAGAUGCACUCAAGGCACAAUUAGCUAAUAAUGAAACCUUGGCAUUACCUGCAGAAUCUAGAACACCAAAAGUUGAAAAAACCACAGCACAGCACAUAACAGUGACUCCUGAAACAGUUCCAAGAGCCACUAAGCCCACUGUGUCUAGUACUUUAGACAUUUCAGAAACAACACGGGUUCUCAGCCAAAGGACCCCAGAAACAUUGCAAACUAUUCUAUUACCUAAGUUUGAAUUGCCACUGAGCACUCUAGCUCCAAAAAGGCUUCCAGAAUUUCCCGAAGCAAAAACAUCCUUCCCUUUUGAGAAACCUGAGGUUACCUUGGUAACAAAGGAAAAGUCAUGGAUGGCCCCUACAGCUAAAACAUCAGAAGAUUCCAAAGUUGUAAAGCCUCAAACCGCAACUUAUGAAGUUUUCUCAAGCCCUUCAACUUCAGAUGAGCCUGAUAUAUCAGAGCCUCACACAGCAACAAGUGAUCCCAUUCUGGAUUCUAUUCCACCUAAAACUUCUAGAAUUCUUGAACAGCCAAGGGCAACACUGGCUCCAAGUGAAACAUCAUUUAUUCCUCAAAAAGUGGAAACUUUUACCAGUCCUGCAAUGAAACCUACAACAUCUGCUCCCCAGAAAACUACAUCUAUCCCUUCUCCACCUAAACGGCGCCCCAGACCCAAAACUCCAAGAACAAAACCUGCCCCAGAACCUCAGACAUUACCACCACCACAGUCAACAAAAGCUCCACCAAAGACCAAACGACCAGGUCGUCGCCCCCGCCCUAAAACUACACGUAGUCCAGAAGUGCCCAAGUCCAAACCUGCUCUGGAACCAGCCACAGUAUACCCGGAGUCCCUGGUACCCAGAAUCGUACCUAAACCACCUAAGAGACCUAAAACUUCACACAGACCAGAUGUAUUCCAAAUCAAGCCUGAUUCAAAACCACCAGUUCAAUUUCUUCCUAAACCCCAAAUCACAGCAAAUCCAGCCUUUGAGCUGGCUACAUUUCAGACUGAAGCUCCGUCCAUAACCUUAGUUUCUACCACAGAUAUUGAACCUGUAAUUCUGAGAACCACAGCUCCAGUGACAACAUUAGCUCCAAAAAUAACACAACGAACAAGAACUCAUCGUCCACGGCCCAAACAUAAAAGCACAUUAAGCCCAAAGAUACCUCACACUAAACCAGAUUUUGGACCUAUUACUCCUGGACCAUCUUUAGCUCCAACAAAAAGUACCCACCAUCCACAUCCCAAAUCUAAACCCACGUCCCAUCCAGAAGUACUUCAGACAAUACUAGUUCCUGCCACAAUUGCUGAACCAGUUAUUCUUAGAACCGAGGCUCCAGGAACAACACUAGUUCCUACUGAAGUCUUUGAACAAGUUACUCCUGUAAAAGAGGUUCCAGAAACAGCAAUCGUUCCUGGUACAGAUGCUGAACCUGUUACAGAACUUGAACCUGUUACUUUUAGAACUGAGACCUCUGAGAUGACAUUAGCUACCAAAAUAACACAAAGAACCCGUCGUCCACGACCCAGACCUAAAACCACACCAAGACCUCAAGCACCUCAGACCAACCCUGUUCCCAAACCAUCACAAUGGACUCGUCGUCCCCAUCCCAGACCAAAACCCAUACCAAGUCUUGAAGCACCUGAGUCUAAACCAGUUCCUACUGCAGGGCUUGAACCUGUGACACUCAGAACUGAGACUUGGGUGACAACACAAGCUCCUAAAACAUCAAAAUGGACUCGUCAUCCACGUCCCAAACCUAAAACCACACCAAGUCCUAAGUCUUCUCAAAUUAAACCAGUUUCUGCUACAGAUCUUGAACCUGGUACUCUUAGAACUGGAGCUCCAGAUACCAUGGUUCUGACUACAGUCCUUGAACCUGUCACUCUUAUAACCAAGGCUUCAGAAACAACAUUAGCUCCUAAAAUACUACGAACACAUCGCCCACGUCCCAGACCUAAGACCACGUCCAGUCCUGAAGCAUCUCAGACCAAAUUGGUUCCUACUCCAGGCUUUGAACCUGAUAUUCAUAGUACAGGAGGUCCAAAAACAACAUUAGCUCCUAUUGAACUGCAAACUCUUAUUUUGAAACCAGUGACAUCACCAAGCUUAGAAAUGACAUACAUUCAACCCGUUUCUGAUGUUAUGGAACCAGCUACAUUAAAUACUGAGUCACCAAAGGAGACUAUAGCUGUGGAAUCUGUAACACUUGUGUCUGAACCUCCUGAGAUCACACUAGAAACAUCUCCCCUGCCUUCUCAAACUAUAGUCCUAUCCAGCCCAGAUGAGCCUCAGACUGAACCUGCUCUCAGGCAGACACCACGUACUCCUCCCAAGACAAAAACAUCACAACAUCCAAGAAUCACACAAACACAACCAGUUCCUAAAGGAUCCCCGCAUGCUACUUCAAAACCCAAAAUGUCACCACGCCCAGAAGUGUCAUACACUACAUCUGGUCCAGAAGAUGUGCCCCUUCCCCGUGAACCAGACCCUGAGGUCUCUCGGAGUGAACCUGUUUUGCAACCUGUUACAUUUAGAAUUGAGCCACCAAAGACAACAAUAGCUCCAUUAGAGACACGAGGGAUUCCUUUCAUACCUAUAAUUUCACCAAGCCUUAGUCAAGAGGAACUACAACCCACUCUUGAAGAAACAGAUCAAUCUACCCAAGAGCUCUUCACAACUAAGAUUCCACGAACAACUGAAUCUGCAAAAACAACUCCGGCACCACACAGAUUGUACACUACUCCUUGGAGGUUCAGAAUACCUGACAAACCACACAUCAGACCUGUUCUGAACAGGACAACUACAAAGCCUGUUAGACCCAAACCUAGUGGGAUACCCAGCAGGAAUGGAGUGGGAACAGGGGCCAAACAACCACCUAAGCCAUCAGGCAGUGGUAGAAAUGUUUCGGUGGAUUCUACCCAAUACACAAGAAAACCAGGUACAAUCCCAAGGACUCACCACCCACCUUUGCCAUCUAGACCUGUGCCCCCACGAAGAAAACCUUUACCACCAAAUAAUGUCACUGGAAAGCCAGGAAGCUCAAGAAUCAUUUCAUCACGAGUAACUUCCCCACCCAUGAGGGCAACACUCAAACCUACUGAAACCACCUCAGAGAUAAAAGAAGCAGACAAAAGGCAACCAACACCUCCUGCCUCUGGAGAAGAACUUGGUAAUACAACUGACUUCAGCUCAAGUCCAACAAGAGAAACUGAUCAUCUUGGGAAGCCCAGAUUCAAAGGUCCUCAUGUGCGAUACAUCCCAAAGCCUGACAAUAGGCCCUGCUCCAUCACCGACUCCAUCAAACGCUUCCCCACAGAGGAAGUCAUGGAGGGGAAUGCCACCAGCCCACCACAGAACCCACCCACCAACCUCACUGUGGUCACUGUGGAAGGGUGCCCCUCAUUUGUCAUCUUGGACUGGGAAAAGCCAUUAAAUGACUCUGUCACUGAAUAUGAAGUUAUAUCCCGAGAAAACGGCUCAUUCAGUGGGAAGAAUAAAUCCAUUCAAAUUACAAAUCAAACUUUCUCCACAGUAGAAAAUCUGAAACCAGAUACAAGUUAUGAAUUCCAGGUGAAACCCAAAAACCCCCUUGGUGAAGGCCCAGCCAGCAACACAGUGGCAUUCAGUACUGAAUCAGCUGACCCAAGAGUGAGCGAGCCAGUUUCUGGAGGAAGAGAUGCCAUCUGGACUGAAAGACCCUUUAACUCAGACUCUUACUCAGAAUGCAAAGGCAAACAGUAUGUCAAAAGGACAUGGUAUAAAAAAUUUGUAGGCGUGCAGCUGUGCAACUCUCUUAGAUAUAAGAUUUAUCUGAGCGACUCCCUUUCAGGAAAAUUUUAUAACAUAGGCGACCAGAGGGGCCAUGGAGAGGAUCACUGUCAAUUUGUGGAUUCAUUUUUAGAUGGUCGCACAGGACACCAUCUCUCUUCUGAUCAAUUACCCACCAAAGAAGGCUAUUUCAGAGCAGUUCGCCAAGAACCUGUCCAAUUUGGAGAAAUAGGUGGUCACACCCAGAUCAAUUAUGUCCAGUGGUAUGAGUGUGGGACUACAAUUCCUGGAAAAUGGUAGAUGCUACAAUCAUGCUCCAACUACUUCUGAUUCAUAUGGACAAAAAGAAAAACCCUUAAAAAAAAAAACCCAACAAAAACACACUAUGGUAUUUUUCUCAUCCAUUUAAAGCAAUUUGUUUACUAUGUAUUAAAGCCUGCAAUCUAAUAGCAAUAUUAGGUGUUUAGAAGAAAAAGAUUGCUGAGAAUAUUUAUCAGUUUUUACAAAGUCAUUUUAACAAAGCAAGAUACUGACAUUAACAGAAUAACAUUUUUAGGGAAGCUGGCUCCCUAUUCAUGGUAUUUUAAGAGAUCAUUUGUAUAUUAUUUAUCACACUGUUGUAAUGAUGUUUUGAGAUACUUUUAUUAACAUCAAAAACAUAAUAUACUUUUAAAAAUAUUUACUUUUAUUGAUGUGUAUGCUUCCUACUGGCAAGUUAAUUCUUUAAAUCUCUACUUAGUUUAACUUAUUAGUUCAAAUUAUCUUCAGCACAAGUAUCUGGGGAAAACAGAUCUUUUUUGGGGGGGGGGAGGUACCGGGGAUCGAACUCAGGACCUUACACUUGCAAGGCAGGCAACGGAACCACUGAGCUAAAUCCCAGGCCCAUGGGGAAAACAGAUUUUAAUGUUUAUUUAAAUAAUUUUUUAAGCAACAGCUGAACAGAUGUUCUGAGGAGUGUAAAUGUUCACACUAAUGUAAAUAUCCAUGAAACAUCAGCAAUUACUCAAAAAAAUUUGAAUCAGUAAUUUCAUUUCAACUAAAAAUGGAGCUCAAAAUCUGAUAUAUUCAGUUUUAAAAGUAUACUAGUAUCUGAAAAUACGUUGUCAAGCUAGCCCUUUAACCAAUUUUCAUGUUGUUUUUAUGAUUCUAAUCAAACUAUAUGUAGAUGAUAGUGAAGUCUGAGCAUAAAAAGAUAAUGCAAGAUGAGAUUCCUACCAUUUUACAAAUGGCUAUUUGCUACAUAUUUAUACAUUAGAUCUCUACGAAUGAAUGUAUCAGGGUGUUUCUGUAAUUCUCUUUAACUCAAGGUGUAAUAAAAAUCUGACUCAUUUUCAUUAAAAUGUAUUGUUUUUAUUCAUGCUGGAGAGGGAGAUGGAAAUGGUACAUUGUUUGUUACCUUUAUUACAGAAAGACCUUUUCCUAUGUUUAUCUUUCAACAGGGCUUAAUUUUAUCAAUGCUACAAUUUGUAUUUUUCAAGUAAGUAUAAAUUCUUCAAUAAAGAGAUGUAGCUUUUUU